AUGCAUCCCCGAAAUCGGUACAACACCCCGCCUGACUUUACCUCUCUUGCAAAACGAUAUCCACCGCUUCGGCCUUACGUCUUCAUCAACGAGGACAAUGUGGCCAUCCUCGAUUUCCAAAACAUCGAUGCACAAAGGCGGCUAACAGAGGCCCUGCUACACUGCGACUUCAACCUCAAGAUCACUCUGAUGGAGGACAGAUUGUGUCCACCUGUUCCAAAUCGUCUCAACUACAUCCUCUGGAUACAAGACAUCAUCCGUUCGUGCGAUCUCCCCGAGAGACCCGUUCGCGGGAUAGAUGUUGGUACAGGCGCAUCGGCCAUCUACCCUCUGCUAGCGUGUAGCAUGGAUCCAUCGUGGCAUAUGGUGGGACUUGAGAUAGACGACGAGUCGGCCCGCUGCGCACUGCAAAACGUUGCAGCUAACAACCUAUCCGAUCGCAUUGAUAUCCGAAUGUCGGUACUUGAUGGCCCCAUCUUCGCGCUCUUCGACGACGACCUCGACACACAAUACGACUUCACGAUGUGCAACCCGCCAUUUUACGGAAGCGCACAGGAGAUCGCGGAAUCGGCGGAAGGAAAGUUGUAUGGGCCGCGGAGCGUAUGUUCAGGCGCGGCCGUUGAAAUGGUGACACCCGGCGGAGAGGUCGCGUUCGUCUCGCAGAUGGUGCGUGAGAGCGUUCAACACAAGACGCGGUGUAGGUGGUUUACGUCCAUGCUGGGCAAGCUGUCGUCUGUUUCCGUUGUGAUCGAAUUGAUAAAAGCACUCGGUAUAGACAACUACGGCAUCACCGAGUUCGUGCAAGGCCAAACGCGGCGCUGGGCGGUAGUCUGGUCGUUCGGACGCGAGCGGCUUCCAGACUCUAUUACGCGCAUACGCAAUCCGUCGCUACAGAAGCACAUGCCACCACAUAACUGCCUAUACCAGCCAUUCUCCAGCGAGCAUACAGUCACUCAGCUUCAGGAUGCUGUCCAGCGGGUCUUGGACGCUAUCGAGGGUGUGUCCUGGAGUUGUAAUAUGCACAAAAGCGAGGAUAGCGGAGAAGAAAGCCCAGCUCCCGAGACGAGCUCUCGCAUGAUUGUUAAAGCGGCGCAGAAUACGUGGUCGCGUUCCGCGAGACGAAAGAAGAAGGCUGAAAUGGAGGAGCAGAGUGAUGCAUUGGCGUCAGGCCUGAGGCAAGUGGUAGAGCCUAUACUGAGGUGCAGUAUGAAGUGCAUGGACAACGUGGAGGAGCUGGAGCUAGAGUAUACGUGGACGGAGGGUGAAGAUAGGGGCGUCUUUGAGAGCUUUGCGAGUCACGUCAACCGGAAGGUUGGUGAUUUAUUGGCCGGAGGAUGAUUGAUGAAGUGAAGGACGUUGUUGGUCAUGUGCAUAUAUCCUGGUGUAGCUCAUAAUACAUUGGAGGCACC